CGUCUACAUAAUGGAAGAAGAAAUCGUUGCUCUCGUUAUUGACAAUGGUUCCGGUAUGUGCAAGGCCGGUUUUGCUGGCGACGACGCUCCUCGUGCCGUUUUCCCUUCUAUUGUCGGUCGUCCCCGUCACCAAGGUAUCAUGGUCGGUAUGGGCCAAAAGGAUUCCUACGUCGGUGACGAGGCUCAAAGCAAGCGUGGUAUUCUUACGCUGAGAUACCCCAUUGAGCACGGUAUUGUCACGAACUGGGACGAUAUGGAGAAGAUCUGGCAUCACACCUUCUACAACGAGCUUCGUGUUGCUCCUGAGGAGCACCCCUGCUUGCUCACUGAGGCUCCCUUGAACCCUAAGUCGAACCGUGAAAAGAUGACCCAAAUCAUUUUCGAGACCUUCAACGCUCCCGCCUUCUACGUCUCCAUCCAGGCCGUUCUUUCCCUGUACGCUUCUGGUCGUACCACCGGUAUCGUCCUCGACUCUGGUGAUGGUGUUACUCACACUGUCCCCAUUUACGAGGGUUACGCUCUUCCCCAUGCUAUUAUGCGUCUUGAUCUUGCUGGUCGUGACUUGACCGAUUACUUGAUGAAGAUUCUUAUGGAGCGUGGUUACACCUUCUCCACCACUGCCGAGCGUGAAAUCGUCCGUGACAUCAAGGAGAAGCUUUGCUACGUCGCUCUCGACUUUGAGCAGGAGCUCCAGACCGCAGCUCAAUCCUCUUCCCUCGAAAAGUCCUACGAGCUUCCUGACGGCCAAGUCAUCACCAUCGGCAACGAGCGUUUCCGUGCUCCCGAGGCUCUGUUCAACCCCUCCGUCCUCGGUCUUGAGAACCCCGGCAUCCACGAGGCCACUUACAACUCCAUCAUGAAGUGUGAUGUCGAUAUCCGUAAGGACCUGUACGGCAACAUCGUCAUGUCUGGUGGUACUACUAUGUACCCUGGUAUUGCCGACCGUAUGCAAAAGGAGAUCCAAGCCUUGGCCCCCAGCUCCAUGAAGGUCAAGAUUGUUGCUCCUCCCGAGCGUAAGUACUCUGUGUGGAUUGGUGGUUCUAUUCUCGCUUCCCUCUCCACCUUCCAACAAAUGUGGAUCUCUAAGCAAGAGUACGACGAGAGCGGACCUAGCAUUGUCUACCGCAAGUGCUUCUAAGUCAUAUAGCAUAACGAUACGAAGAAUGUCCACCACGUACAACGGGCGUAGCGACGGAAGUCAGCAAAGAGGCGGCACUUAGUCAGCAGAGCUAGUUGCUAGAUAGGGAGGGCACAGAGGCACAGGUCCACAAUCCAAAUCGUCGUUCGUAGCUGCACUCGCUAGCCCGGGUAAGCAAUACUCGUGAUGUGGCGUACAUCGUUGCACCCAAUAGUGAGAUUCUACGAGACUUAUCAUAGAUGCACUACACCCCAUUAAUUCU